AUGGCAGCGUUUUUUAGAUACUCGUGCUUAUGGAAUCACUGUGGUAAGAAUUGUUCAUCUUUACUUGAUCUUAUUGAUCAUAUUGAGGCGGUGCAUAUCGAGAAAGAUCCACGAAUACUUGAAAAGCAAGAAGCCGCUCAACCUGCUGCCAUCCCGCUAUCGUAUGUAAACUGCUUUUUCUCUGAGGCGACUAGAUCUGCUCACAGGAAGAUGAAAGAGAUAGGUAGUGAGGGGGAUUUCGAUCUUGACUAUACACCUAAGAAAAAGAAAGGUUUAUCAGGGUAUUCAGUAAAUUCAUGUAUGGCAACACCAGAGGCUUCAGAGAACGGCGAUGAUGAUGGAAAUAUGAGUGAUAAUAGUGAUGAUUCAUGGACAACCUCUGACGGCUUGACCAGUGAACUCAUUCUAAAUUCCGUGACGAUGGAAGACGGGGAUUCUAAGCGAUAUAUAUGUCCAGUCAAGGGAUGUGGCAAAAAAUACAAGAAUCCAAAUGGGAUUAAAUAUCAUGCUAAAAAUGGCCAUUGUAAGGACGGGAAGACGAAGAAACCACAUAAAUGUCAUUGCGGUAAAAGUUAUAAGAACCAGAGCGGGCUGCGACAUCAUAUAGCCACACGACAUUCCACAAUACAUUCUCAGAACAUCACAGAAUCACAUGCGAAUGGAAUUGAGGUAUAUGUGUAACAAUUUGCGUGAAAUAUCGCGAGUUUUUGCUGCGGAUUUCGUGUAUUGUGAUGUGACUCCGCCGGCAGCAGCUGGAAAACCUGAUACCUUGUUGAAUUAUUUAAGACGUGCAGAGACAGCUGUUGUUCUCACUAAGACAUCAUUUUGUGAUUGUCUGUAUAUAUUUGUUUUAUGGCUGAUGUAGAAAUACAGUAUUUCUACGUGAGUGCUGAAGCCUGCCUCACGAACUGGCCAUGCUGUUUGGUCUGUUUGCUGGAGUACAAAGGAUAUAUACUAAUGGAAAUGCGUGCGCUGUUGGUUGGUGCCGCGAAAGCAAUAUCCGAAAUGGCAGCUUUUUGUGGUGUCUAAAGGUAAGAAAGGAUUGUCAGAUUGAGUCACAGAAUACAACCAGAUUGGUGCUGCUACCUUGACUAUGAGUUCAUUGUAUACAAGAAUGAAAUAUAUAACAUUGUGUGUUCGUUUCAAGCUUAUCAACACGUGAUGUACAUGCUUGAAGGCAUGAACAUCAUUUAUAUUACUCGCUCAAGAUACGUUUUGACAUAUGACCUUGGCACAAAGUAAGUUAGUUUAAUACAGUAUUAUACACUCCUGUAGUUUAGCAACCUGUCAUUGUCAUGCAUUGCAUAACUUCGUAUUAUUACUUUAGCUUGCAUGCAUUAUUAGAUGUGGGGGUCUGAAUCAUCUGAUAAUAUCAUAGUGAUUAUUUACAUAUCUAACCUCAAUGCUUAUAUUGUAACCAUGGCAAAAAACCAUAGUGCUAAUGACAAAGCCCUCCCAUCCAUGCCCCACUGUAUUGCAUCAGUUUAUUUAUUGUCUUUCUAUAGUAUAAAGGUGGACAUUGUUUCUUUAGAAAUAGGAUCAUUGCUUCAUGUUUCAGUUACACAUAAAAAAAAUGAAAGUCUCUUGCUAUGAUUAUUAUGAUUUUCAUUGUUCAACAGCACUCCAUUUUCAAGUUGCCAGGCAAGACUUGAAGUUGUCAGGCAUGACAUCAAGUGGUCAGGCAAAUUGUGCAGAACUUCAAGUUGUCGAGCAAGACGUUAAGUUGUCAGGCAACAUAAUAAGUUGCCAGGCAAGUGUGACAUGA